UUGACAGAAGAGGAAGCUACUAUACAAUCCAAAAAAUGAGCAAGCAUACCGACUUUAGAUUCCACAAGAUGGGUAGUCAUGAUGCAGAAGACCUGAAGAACUGCUGGGAAAAAGUAAUCCAAGAGCAAACUAAGCAACAAGAAGAUGAAGAGUCUAGGUUAUGCAAAAGCACCCUGAACAAACUCCACCACGAAUGGUCUAUGCGUCUGGAAGGCCGAGCAAGGCAGAUCUAGGCGCACAUGAAAACGCAGAAAGGACAGAUGACGGUGCUGUCUAUCGAGGCUUUUCUCUCACCAGAUAAAAAAGUUGCUUAA